GCCUAAAUAAUGGUAAGAUUGCUGCUUGAGUUGAUAUCCAAGAAUUGGCAAUGGGAAAGUGCCUCGGCGAUCCAGCAUUCAAGCCUGAGGCAGUGCAAGGGCAGAGAGGUUGGUGUGGUGGUUGCCAUAGGUGAUGGAGACACCAAAAUCUGACAGUUCCGGUGCUGCCAUCAACCUUGCGAGGUGUUUGCGCCUCAUUGUUUAUGCAUGUGUACCUUUGUACCCGUACAUGUACCUGUACCUGUACUCGAUUUCUUCGCAAUUUUCCAAACCACGAUCACUACCAGGAUAAUAUUGACAAUUGAAUUUGCAAUCACACCCAAAAUCAGUACUCUCGCUUUCUUGAGAAAUUGUAUCUUUCCCAUACGCGCGACAAUCGCUUCUACAUCGCUUCAUCCUCGGAUUGGAUACGCAGGAGGACAACCUGGAAAACAACAACACCCAAUGCAAUAGCGCAUCUUCUGGCGCAAAACAACAGAAGACAGCUAAACCAUCAGAAUGACCAAUUUCUCGAGGCCACCAAUGUACGAACCGCCAUCUUAUGGCGAUGCGAACGAUGCUGGUCAAGCUUCAGAUGGGUCGCAAAUCCGACUGUUGACCUCGGAUGACGAAUCUUAUAGUCGACCGUAUGUACCAAAGCCGCUCGCAACGUAUGCAAAGAAGCCUUUGGGGCCCAAAAAGUUUCCGGUCUCAACUGCUUCACCCCUCAAUUCUCUCAAUUCUCUCAAGUCACAAGAAAAAGCUCGCCCAGCCGGCAAGCUGCAGAUGCAGAUGCAACCACCGACAAUUGAACUCCCUUACAUUCCGCCUGGGCCGUCCCGCAGAAAAUCGCUGAGAAGCCCAGUCAAAUCUCCUCUGAGCAAAUUGGAAAAUCAGUUGAGAAACGAAUCUAGCUUACACAAUUCUAGUGCCUAUAGAUCCCACAGAUCCUACCAACCUUCAGUAUCUAGUUCCCCCUCGCGAUCCAACUCCAUUAUCGACUCAGCACCCCCUCUGGCCCCUAGCGAAGCAUCAUAUAGACCAUAUUCUUCAAACGGAAGGAGGUCGCCCACUCGAUCAUGGAGCCCAUCUAGAGCGUCAAACGAGUUCACGCGACCACCACCCGUAAAUCUGCAGUACGAGCCCCCAGAUAUUGACGGAAGUCCAAGACCUGGUACACCCUCUUCUCGUUACGGAGGAAGCCCGAGACGACCUUUACCUCCUGCGCCACUCUUUGCUGGGCCAGGCGCGCCCUCGAGAGCCUCGACCUUUGCGGACGAUGCGACAAUUUCAAUUCCUCUGGAAAGCGACGUUGCUGAUGGAGAUGAUGUAUUUGGACCUUCCAGCCCUCUCAAAUCGAGACAUGGAGCAGACACAAGACAAUCAUAUAUGUCGCAUGAAACCUUGGCGGACCAGACGAGUGCGCAGGAUGAUUAUUAUUAUGAACAUUAUGGACCAGCCCCCGAUGGGAAGCAGGAGCGUAGAGGAGCACGACAAGCACAGAUGGCCAAAAAGGAAGUUCGCCUGAUCAACGGAGAGCUCAUUCUGGAAUGUAAGAUUCCAACGAUCCUAUACAGUUUUCUUCCUCGAAGGGACGAAAUAGAGUUUACACAUAUGCGAUACACCGCCGUCACUUGCGAUCCGGACGAUUUCGUAGAUAAAGGAUACAAAUUGAGACAGAAUAUCGGGUCCACGGCACGAGAGACCGAAUUAUUCAUCUGCAUUACUAUGUAUAACGAGAACGAAAUUGAUUUCACGAGAACUAUGCACGCCGUGAUGAAGAACAUAUCUCAUUUCUGUGGUCGUUCAAAGUCAAGGACUUGGGGUGAAAACGGGUGGCAAAAGAUUGUGGUUUGCAUCGUUUCUGAUGGUCGACAAAAAGUUCAUCCACGAACACUUGAUGCACUUGCUGCCAUGGGUGUCUAUCAAGAUGGAAUCGCCAAAAACUUGGUAAACGGGAAGGAGGUCCAAGCCCACGUUUACGAGUACACAACACAAGUUUCCCUGGACUCAGAUCUGAAGUUCAAGGGGGCGGAGAAAGGAAUUGUUCCUGUGCAAAUGAUCUUUUGUCUGAAAGAGAAGAACGCUAAGAAGCUGAACUCGCACAGAUGGUUCUUCAACGCCUUUGGUAGAGCACUCAUACCGAAUAUUUGCAUCCUUCUAGACGUUGGUACCAAGCCUGGAGGAAAUUCUUUAUAUCAUCUAUGGAAAGCCUUCGAUACAGAUUCAAAUGUUGCCGGUGCUUGCGGUGAAAUCAAAGCCAUGAAAGGGAGAUGGGGCACGCAUCUUUUCAAUCCUCUCGUUGCAUCACAAAAUUUCGAGUACAAAAUGUCAAAUAUUCUGGACAAACCACUGGAAAGUGUAUUUGGUUAUAUUACGGUGCUUCCAGGUGCGCUGAGUGCGUAUCGUUACCAUGCCUUACAAAACGAUGCCACGGGUCAUGGUCCGCUAAGUCAGUAUUUCAAAGGAGAAACUUUGCAUGGUCAAAAUGCGGAUGUUUUUACUGCCAACAUGUACUUGGCCGAAGAUCGUAUUUUGUGCUGGGAAUUGGUUGCCAAAAGAGAUGAGAAAUGGGUCCUGAAAUACGUGAAAAGUUGUACUGGAGAAACGGAUGUUCCUGGUAAGUCAAACACACCAACACACCAACACCCAAAACAGCGACUAACUGGUCAUUUAGAUACCGUCCCCGAAUUCAUUUCCCAGCGAAGGAGAUGGUUGAACGGUGCUUUCUUCGCAGCUGUCUACUCUCUUGUUCAUUUCCGGCAAGUAUGGAAGACUGACCACACUGUUGGUAGAAAGAUUCUGCUUCACAUUGAAUUUGUUUAUCAGUUCAUUAGUCUUCUAUUCACGUACUUCUCCCUGGCAAACUUUUAUCUCACCUUCUAUUUCGUCGCUGGUUCCCUCUCGGAUCCGGCCAUCGAUCCCUUUGGACACCGAAUUGGCUUGGUAUUUUUCACGAUUCUUCGAUAUACCUGCGUCUUGCUCAUCUGCACACAAUUUAUUCUCUCCAUGGGUAACAGACCCCAGGGUGCGAAGCGUUUAUACUUCACGUCUAUGGUUCUAUACUCAAUCAUUAUGGCAUACAAUACAUUUGCUGCCUUCUACAUUGUCAUUCGCCAGCUGCUGAAAACAGAUGCAGAUAUUCGUAUUGGAAGGAACGUCUUCACCAACCUGAUAGUAUCAACAGCUUCGACAAUCGGACUGUACUUUCUCAUGUCAUUCCUGUAUCUUGACCCAUGGCACAUGAUUACUUCCUCUAUACAAUACUUUUUGCUGCUCCCAUCCUACAUCUGUACCCUCCAAGUAUAUGCGUUCUGCAACACACACGAUAUAUCUUGGGGUACCAAAGGAGACAACAUUAUCCAGACUGAUCUUGGUUCCGCCAAUGGUCACGGCAAAGGAGGCACCGUUGAGCUUGAAAUGCCAAGUGAACAACUCGAUAUCGAUUCCGGCUACGAUGAAGCUCUUCGCAAUCUUCGGGAUCGUAUUGAAGUCCCCGUCCAAGGUGUGAGCGAGGGUCAACAACAAGAAGAUUACUAUCGUAGUGUGCGUACAUACAUGGUGUUAUGUUGGAUGAUUGCGAAUGCUCUUCUUGCGAUGAGUGUAACUCAGGCUUAUUCUGGCACGGAUGUUGGAGACAAUAUUUAUCUGAGUUUUAUCCUCUGGAGUGUCGCGGUCCUGGCACUCUUCCGUGCUUUAGGAUCUGGAACCUUUGGUAUCAUCAACGCGAUUGAGGCCGUUGUCGAGGGCAGAGUCAGAAUGAGAAUGAAGGUUCCUAAGUGGAUGGGUGGCGUGGGAGAGCGUAUCGUGGGUCGUUUGGGAGGCUGGAAGGAUAGUGUUAGUAGUUUUGGAAGUUCUAUUAAGGCUUGAGAUCUCCCAGACUGAUGUUGGGAUUUCGAGGCGCAUUUUAAUGACCUCUGUCGAGAAGAGGCAAUUCAAGAUUCUUGGGUUUCGAAAGUAGGGUUGGCGUUUUGUGUGUGGAAUGGCAGGGAAAUGAACUGAGGGAACGGAAGGAUGAUGGAUAUGGCUUAUGGAGGAAUGUAUGGGCUAUGCUCCCGGCUAUGAAGCCAUGUUCAGGUUCGGAUUGGUAAAUUGGGAAAUGUAGUGUGGAGUCAAUGCUUGGAACUUUGUGUGUCAGUUUGGUUCUGAUCAGUUAUAGUUAAUACUCAUUUGCGACGAAUUGGGGGAAUUUGUAGGAUAUACCGUAGAUGAAAGAACAUGACCAGUCUGUUUAU